UUUACGUCAACGUUCAUGCUUCUUCUGCAAAAUGCCAAGGUGGAGAUUUUACCUAAUUGGGAUCAUACUUGUCUACUUCCAUGUCACUUUCUGCAACUUGCUUCUGCGCAGAUUACUCAUCCAUUGGAAGUUGAUGCUUUGCAAGCUGUCCGCCGAGCACUCAAUGAUGCAGGGAAAAAUCUCAAUAGCUGGAAAAAGACUGAUCCAUGUGUAUCAAAUUGGACCGGAGAAAUCUGCUUAAUGGAUCCAAAUGAUGGCUAUCUCCAUGUCCAAGAACUGCGGUUGCUAAGCAUGAAACUUUCUGGGAAACUAGCUCCGGCACUUGGGUUGUUUUCUCAUAUGACCGUAUUGAAUUUUAUGUGGAACAAUUUAACCGGCAGCAUACCCAAGGAGAUAGGCAAUCUGAUUACUUUAAAGCUUCUGCUUCGGAGCGCAAAUCAAAUAUCAGGGCCUAUACCAGAUGAGCUUGGUUCUCUUUCUAAUGUAACAAUAUUAAACCUGGACAGUAACAAUAUUUCUGGACCACUGCCAAAAACUUUGGCAAAUAUGACAAGGGCCAGACACUUUCAUUUGAACAACAACUCAAUCAGUGGUCAGAUUCCACCAGAGCUUUCUGAAUUACCUCAACUCUUACACUUCCUGUUGGACAAUAACAACUUAUCAGGGUAUCUUCCGCAAGAAUUUUCCAGGAUGCCAAACCUGAGGAUUUUACAAUUUGAUAACAACAACUUUGAAGGUACCGAGAUUCCAAAUUCUUAUAAAAACAUGCCCAAACUGGUGAAGCUGAGUCUUAGGAACUGCAGAUUGCAAGGAACUAUUCCUGAUUUAAGCAAACCUUCUUUACUUCAUUUAUAUGAUUAUCAUCUAGAUCUUAGCUCAAAUCAACUUACUGGAAGCAUACCAACAAAUAAGCUUGCCAACAAUAUCACGACUAUUGAUCUAUCCAAUAAUAUGCUGACUGGACCUAUCCCCUCAAAUUUUUCAGGCUUUACUCAUCUCCAGAGACUGUCACUUGAAAACAAUAAUUUGACUGGCAGUGUUCCCCCAAAUAUUUGGCAGAAUGUUAAUUUUCGUGCAAAUGCGACACUUACCUUGGAUUUCCAGAAUAAUUCGCUUACAAAUGUUUCAGGUACAAUAGAUCCUCCUUCAAAUGUCACCAUUAGGCUUCAGGGCAAUCCUGUUUGUACAAGUGCAAACGAAUUCAAUAUAGUUCAAUUCUGUGGACCCAAUAUCAGAGAUGAUGAGGUUUCUGGAACUUCAAAUAACACUUCUAAUCCUACAUGCCUCCUGCAGUCCUGUCUGGCAAGUUUGUAUAUGGAAUAUGUCCCAGAAUCACCUGCUUCCUGCUUCUGUGCUCUGCCCCUUGGAGUUGAUGUACGUUUGAAAAGUCCUAGCAUGUCCGAUUUUCCCCCAUACAUGAAUGCAUUUGUGCUGGACGUGACUCCAUGGCAAGGGUUCUCAAACCGGUCUUGUUGCAGUCAUUCUCGAAGAUCAAAAUCAGGCAUGAGCAAAGGUGCUGUGACUGGAAUUGUGUUAGGGUCCAUUGCUGGCCUAAUUGCAAUAUCUUUGGUCAUGUUGUUUAUUUUCUACAAAAAGAAAUCAAAACACAAGCAAGAGGUUUCAAAGAAACAGUCAAUUGCAAAAAUUCCAAUCAAAGCUGCAAGUGUCAAGGGAUUUAGUUUCACAGAACUUGAAAAAGCUACCAGUGGUUUUAGUGAGUCCAGUCUAGUUGGUCAAGGAGGCUAUGGAAAGGUUUAUAAAGGCAUUUUGGACAAUGGCACAGCUGUGGCAAUCAAGAGGGCACAGCAAGGAUCCUUGCAGGGUGAGAGAGAAUUCUUAACUGAAAUAGAAAUUUUGUCGCGUUUACAUCAUCGCAACCUCGUUUCAUUGAUUGGAUAUUGUGAUGAAGGAGGCGAGCAGAUGUUAGUAUAUGAGUUUAUGCCUAAUGGUUCUGUUCAUGACCUCCUAUAUGGUAGAUUCCGAAAUCCUAUGAGUUUCGCCAUGAGAUUGCAUAUUGCAUUGGGUUCAGCCAAGGGCAUUAUCUACCUCCAUAAAGAAGCUGACCCACCCAUCAUCCACAGAGAUAUCAAGGCAAACAACAUAUUGUUGGACUCCCAAUUUACUGCAAAAGUUGCUGUUUUCGGAAUCUCAAAGCUUGCACCAGUUCCAAGUGAUUCAGGAGGAGAAGGUCAUGUGUUCACUGUUGUGAGAGGCACCCCAGUAAGUACAUUAUUGAAACCUAGUUAUGAAAUUUGGAUUUCUCAAGUCAUCUUUCUCAGAUUGAACCUUUAAAUGGUAGAACACUGAACACCUAUGCUUCAAAUUUUCAAAGUGAAUCACUUCCACUUUAUCUUCCUAUUGCAGGGCUACCUUGAUCCUCUACACUUACUCACUCACCAGUUAACAGACAAGAGUGAUGUUUAUAGCCU